AUGAAAUCGUUAAAGAAGCAGCUUCGUCUAGCAGAAGAGGCGAGAGACGAUGCACAAGUGCACAGCAAUGAAUUACGUGAGACGCUGCUGUCGUCCGAGUCUCGAUGUAAGCGUCUUCAGCGCGAACUGGAGCUACUGGAGCAUGUUUCCUACUUCUCGCAAGCUAUCACUGACGACUGUGAUGCAGAAGAUCCGGCUAUGCCGUCACCGUUAGGGAUCAAACGAAGGCGGUCCUUCCUCGCGGCGAAUGCUGUGCCGUAUUCACCGUUCCCAAGGUCUGUCGUCGCUGAAGACGGCGAGCAGGUUACCGUGUCCAAGUCGGAGUUGGAGACUCACAAGAAACUCCACCACUAUUUCCACUUAACGGCGUUAAGUAUUAUCAACGAAAACAAUUUGCACGAACGCUGCUUCAGCUCAUCAAGUCGCCUCACGAUCGACAUGUGGUACCGUGAGAUCAGUGCAAAAGAAGUUCCGUUCCUCAUGUGGCACUCGUGGCUCAUCAACCGCAUCAGUGAAGUAGCUGCGUCUGUACAAGACGAAGAUAAAAUGCCUCAGCCGCCGACGUCUUCCUCAAAGCACCCAAGUUUCGGAGGCGCUUUCCACGGGUUUUCACUGAGGAAAAAAAGCGAUAGUGGCGAGAACGGCGCGCAGAACGCACUUCCGUCACCACCGACGGCGUCACCAGGGGCGUCGCCAGUGGCUCGUGUGCCGUUUACAGUGGCACGAGCAUUCUUUCGUUUGCUGCGAAAGAGAACUCAUGCAGGAGCAGACUCUUCACAAGUCAAUGGGUCUCCGGUUAGUGGUUCUCCCGCUGGAUAA